UCCGGUUAGCUUCGUGCAAGUAAAACUCAGGACGAAAGUGUUUGGGUUGCUUUUGACAUUUUUUUUAUAAUGUCAUUUUUCUCGAACAGAGGACGAGGUGGUGAACUUAGCGAAUACUGUUAGACAUUAGGCUCUCAAUUUAAUUGCGACUUAACGUUAGCAUUUUCUAUAUUUAGCCAUUAGCAGCGCUGUAACCUUGGCGUUUUUCGUCUGAGUAGCAGCUUGUGCCUCACAAAUUCAACAUGUCAGGCAUUUGCCGCAGCUUGAGCUUUCACACAAGUAAGGCUUUGAAAGACGCCACAGUUUUGUCACCUUGCUCUUGGUUUGUGCCCGCACGCAGCAAAUUUUCCAAAUCAAGAAUCCCAGAGACGAUUUUUGAAGAGAGGUCGAAAGAGCACGACAAGUAUGGAGGCGAUCCAGAGCAACCUCACAAACUGCACAUAGUGACCCGGGUGAAAAGUGCGCUGCGAAGGCCAUACUGGGAGAAGAACAUCGUAAAAUACUUUGGACUUCAAACGGCCCACAAACCUGUAAUCCAUAAAAACACACCUUCAGUUAACAACCAACUGAAAAUGAUCAAGCAUCUUAUAAGGAUACAGCCACUGAAAACCCCACAUGGUCUCCCUUCUGAGGAGGACAUGGCCGACACAUACAUCAACAGCAAGGGAGAGCUGAUUGUACGUCGCCUUCUCCAACCUGUCGACAACAAGGCUAUUGAGUCUUAGUUCUGCUCUGUGAUGUUUGUUCCAAUUUAAGCUGUUAAUAAAUACGACAAAAUAUAAAAAAUA